CGCAUCGCCUGCUGAGGCCCUGGCUGGGGCCGGGUCCAGGGCCGGCUCGCCUCAACUCGGGGUCCUGGACUGCUGCCCUCAUCGCAGAGAACAGUGGCAGGGCCGGCUGAGGAAUUCUGUGCAGCAUGGUUUCUGGGUGGAACUGGGUGGCCCGUGGCUUCUGUCUGCUCUUGAACAUUUGUUCUCUUGAUGUUUCAGGUGAACUUGUACAGUCAUGUGGUCACAUCAUCCCAGAGUCUCCUGUUUUGGCCCUUGGCUCCAAUUUCACUGCAUUAUGCAUUCUGAAUGAGUCUUGUCUUGACUUCGGCAAUAUCUAUGCUAAUCAAAUUAUCUGGAAAGUUAAAAAUAAAGUUGUACCUAAAGAACAGUAUCAUGAAAUAAACAGAACAGUUUCCAGUGUCACAUUUAAUGACACUUCUUCUCUAGCUACUCCUCUGACAUGCAACAUCUUGGCAGAUGGACAGAUUGAGCAGAACAUUUAUGGAAUUACAGUUACAGUAGGCUUGCCUCCAGAGAAGCCAAAAAACCUAAGUUGCAUUGUGCAUCAGGAGUCAAAACUCACAUAUCCUAUGACUUGUACCUGGAACCCUGGGCGACAUACAUACUUGGACACAAACUUUAGGUUGAAAUACAGAUGGCCACACGAGACCUUUCCUGACUGUAUACCAAAAGAUGUAAACAAUUCUUGUACAAUUACUGAUGUUCAGUUCUUUGUUAACCUGGAGAUCUUUGUAGAAGCAGCAAAUGCUCUUGGGAAGGCUGAAUCUGAUCCUCUUGUUCUUGAUCCCAUUGAGAUUGUUAAACCUCUGUCUCCACACAACUUAUCAGUUAACUCAGGAAUACUGCCUACUGUUCUAAAGCUUUCCUGGGAGAAUCGGAUUUCAGGAGCUGUGAUGAAACUGAAAUUCAAUAUUCGCUAUAAAAUCAUUGGUGACACAAACUGGACCCAGGUUCCUCCUGAAGAUACGGCUUCACCAAGAACUUCAUUCAGUGUUCAGGGGCUCAGGCCCUACACAGAGUAUGUCUUUUCAAUUCGUUGCAUGAAGGAGGAUGGAGUGGGCUACUGGAGUGACUGGAGUGAGGAGAAAACUGGUGUCACCACUGAAGAUAAACCAUCUAAAGGACCACCUGUAUGGAGGAUCAUUGAUGCAUCUCACUCACCAGGUUACUGGACUGUGCAUCUGAUGUGGAAGGCCUUGCAGCCAUUUGAAGCCAAUGGAGUAAUCUUGCAGUAUGAAGUAAUUGUCAGAGCUAAAUCAUUUGUCUCCAGUCCACCAGAGAAAUACAAUGUCAAGACCACCAACCUUACAUUAAAGCUGCCAAAUGGAACUUACGAAGUGACUGUUAUUGCCCAUAAUGGAGCUGGGGCAUCCCCUCCAUCAGUUUUACUUAUCCCAGCAAGUAAUUCAAAAGCUCCUGUGAGGAAUGUUAGAACACUACCUAAGGAUGGCAAGUUAUGGGUAGGAUGGACUUCUCCUAACAGUUAUGUUCUUAAAUAUGUGAUUGAAUGGUGUCUAGUGUCCAAUAGCUCGGACUGCAUCAUAGAAUGGCAGAUUGAACCAGGAAAUGUUCAAGGCGCUUAUUUAAAAGGUGAUAUAAAGCCAUUCAAGUGUUACUUGAUAACUGUGUACGCUCUGUAUGGUGAUGGUCAGGGAACUGGACAGUCUGUGAAGGCUUACCUUCAGCAGGAUCGUCCUUCAAAAGGACCAACUGUUCAGACAAAAAAGGUUGGAAAAGCUGAAGCUGUUUUGACAUGGAACCAUCUCACAGUGGAUGAACAAAAUGGAUUUAUCAGAAGUUACACCAUAUUUUACAAAACAGUCGAUGGAAACGAAACGGCUGUGACAGUGGAUCCUUCCAAGACAGAGUAUACCCUUUCUUCUCUGACCAGUGACACACUGUAUACUGUGCGGAUGAUGGCAUACACUGAUGAAGGAGGCAGGAGUGGUCCUGAUUUUACCUUUACUACACAAAAAUUUGGGAAAGGAGAAAUUGAAGCCAUAGUUGUACCUGUGUGUCUAGCAUUCCUGUUGAUUGUGCUCCUUGGAGUUUUGUUUUGCUUCAACAAACGUGACUUAAUUAAAAAGCAUAUCUGGCCUAUUGUCCCAGAUCCAUCCAAGAGUAACAUUGCUCAGUGGUCUCCUCAAGUUCCAGCUAAGCAUAACUUUAAUUCCAAAGAUCAGAUGUACCCAGAAGGCAGCUUUACAGAUGUAAGCGUUGUAGAAAUAGAAGCUGAUGACAAGAAGUCUUUUUCAGAUCAAGAUCUAAAACCCUUUGAUUUGCUUAAAAAGGAAAAAAGUACUUCAGAAGGGCACAGCAGUGGUAUUGGAGGAUCCUCAUGCAUGUCUUCUCCUAGGCAAAGUGUCUCUGACAGCGAUGAAGGUGAAACUACACAAAACACAUCAAGCACUGUGCAGUAUUCAACUGUAGUACUUAAUGGCUACAGAGACCAGACACCUGUACAAGUCUUUUCAAGGUCUGAGUCAACUCAGCCACUGCUCGAUUCAGAAGAGAGAUCAGAGGAUCAUGCUGGAGGAGGUGAUGAUGCAACACAGAGGCAGCAGUAUUUCAGACAAAAUGGUGGUCAGAAUGAAGCCAACAUAGACAGGCCAUGCUUUGAGAGAACAAAGGAAGUUGUUCCUGCUAAUGAGGGAGAUCUUGUUGGAUUUGCACAAGUGCAGAUCUCAGGUCAGAGUUCUCAGCCAUUGGGCCUUGGGCUGGAAGAAAAUACCCAGGAAGAUGCUCCGUCAGACGUUUUACAGGGAAGUGCUGAAGGACAAGCUGUGAGACCUGGAACAGAGGAAGGAAAUCCACCAUCAGUUGAGGAAAUGCCAAAAAGUUACCUCCCACAAACUGUGAGACAAGGCGGCUAUAUGCCUCAGUAAGAGAAGAGACUGGCUCUCCUUAGGCCAUCAUUAGUGCCUAUUCACACUUCCGCCUGUAUGUCUGGUAAAUUAAGCUAGGUAUUUUUAUCUGAAUGCAGAUAGAAAUACUGAAAUUAUGUGAAGAGUCAUUUGAUGAAGUACAAUAAGGACUGUGUUUUUGUGGAAAGUUCACAAUCCAGACCUUCUGAAGACUUACUUUUAUGCACUACAUAAAAUCUUAUGGCUGGAUAGCUGAACAAGCUUUUAAGCUACCUUGGGUUUUUUGUGUCUUGUCAUAUCGGAAUUACACAUGAUUGAAAAUGGCAAGUUUGAAUUAAUUACAUCAGCCAGUAGACCUCCUAGGAGAAAUACUUUGAUUCGUGAUGGUAUACAAGCCUAAAAAUUUGGCUUUAGUUGCCUGGAGCAUCUCUGUGCAAAAGUAAGGUUGAAGCUUAGUAUUCUAACGUGGAAGAGUACUCGUAUCAUGUACUUUUCAGUCUCUUGAUUGACUUUCUGAAUUUUGACUUGCCCGGUGUCUCAGUUUUCAGCUUACCAGACACGCAAAUCAUGUUCAUCGUUGUUUAAAAACUAAAAAUUAAACAGAACUUGCUAUGGUGUGCAAAUAAGAAAGCACCAUGAUUGCUUGACUCUGAGUGCUACUAUAGUAAUUGAUAUUCUGCCUACAUUUAGAUAUGCAUGCACAUGAACUUUAUAGUAAUUUGGUCUAAAAUGUGCCUUGCAACUUGAUGCACAGCAGUUCAGUGUCACACUCAAGAGUUUAAAAAAAUCUUAAGUGAAAACACAGAUUAACAGUUAUUUAAACAUUUUGUACCCAAAUCACUGAGAUACCAUGCCUCUGGUAAUAUUACCUUUGUUUAAUAAGAGCAUCUUUGCUGUAAACAGCUUGAGAAGCAAGUAAGGAGUUAAGUUUUUAAUACUUUUCUAACUGCUCUGGAGAAAGGGAAUAUGACCUUCUUCCUGAUUGUCUACAAUAAUUAGUGUGCUGUAGCCUCACUGCUAAUGCCACAGACCUCCUUGGAACUGUAAGCAGCAAAAAAACAAAGCAUUGAAGUCAUUGGAGCACUCAGAAGGAAAAAAACAGAACGUACACCCUGGAUUUGAAUAUUACUGGUGGUAUGUAUCUAUUAGCAAUCAUGAGCCACAAAUAAUGUUUUCAUGAUUGUUAAAAUUCCUUACCUUACUUGUGUGCCUCACUUUUUCCCUCUUUGUGCAGUUUGCAUUUUAUUGAAGAAGAUACAUUUCUUGAGGACUGUCUCUUCCAGGAUUUAAGGAAAAAUGAAAUUACAUUAAAAUAAUCCCUUCUCCAGUAAUAACCAGAAAUUUUAUGGCACUCUUGUAGAUACUUAUUUUAACCUUAACUUAGUCUAGUUAGCUUCUUGAUCUGACACUAAUGAAACCUUAAUUCAAAACACUAAAUGCCGUGUUGUGAGAAUGAAAGAAGGGUUUUAUUUCUCCUUUAGCAAAAGAACUAUGUAUUUAAGACCACCCAAAACGUUUUUUGUUCUCUGACCUCUGGUGCUGCUGUUCUGCAAAGCAGUUGCUUUGGAAAGGCAAGUGUCAGUAUCAUUUCAAUUUCCCUUAUCCUUGUGUGCCAGCUUGCACUGAAGGACAGGCAUACAUACAAACUUUCACAUGUCUUCUGCAUUUUUUACAAAGAAAUUCAGUGAUAGAGUAAAUCCAUUAGAUUCCAUUAGACUCUUGAAGUCUGAACUGUUCAAAACUGAUAAAGAAUUCAGAAUCUUUAACAACAUUUCAGUAUUCCACAGUUCCUUUCUCCCAACAGUAUUUCUAGUAUCUGGGCACUUUUUUAAAAACUAAAAGGCUAUGUUGCAGCUUACUACUGCUCCUCUCUUCGAAUCAGUCCCCUUCCUCUGCAUUCCAUCUCAGCACUUUCAAACUCUCUCCCAGAUGCCAACAGCAUAAUGAAAACUGUGCUGUCACAAGGCAUCAGAGACGUGCAUUUUUCAGAGGUGGAAGCAACAUUCCUUUGUCAGAACACAUUCCUCUUGGAAAACAAUAGCAUUACUAUACUUGGGGAUGGCUCACCUUCUCUAUGCAAACUUCAUAGUGACUGUAGAAACUGAAAGUAAAAGGGAAAAUUGAGCAGUAUAACAAGUGUGUGUGCUUGUUAUAACUGCUCUUCAUCUAAUCCACCUCCUGCUUAUCUCUGAAAUACCAUGGGCCACAACCUGGCUACCUAGACUGAAUAUUGUGUCAGGGGCCCAUAAGUUCUCAAAAACAUGCUGCUGAUUUUUUUUUUUUAAUAAUUUGUUGUGAUCCAGUGAUGCUUACUUUUGAUAGCCCAUGUCUUAUUUGAGGGACUUCAGUUAUUCCAUGGUUCCUGAAGUUGCUCUUUAUCUUUCUGUUGUGUAAAGUGAUUUUGUUCUCUGUUGCUGUUAAUCAUGGACCAGACCAUUUCCAACACUGAACAAGCAGCAUCAAGAGAUUCUCAUUUUAAAGAUCUGUCCUACCCGGUUCUGUCCUGUCACUUCUGGCAUCUAUCUCUGUUGGUUUUGGGCCAGUGAUAGUAAACUCACAAAUGGUACAGGAGUGUGUCCUAGAGAGAAUUCUCUCUGUCUGACAGAGUCAGGCUUGGACAUUUAUCUAGGGCUACAAUAGUAAAGACUAAGCAGGAGACACUGGUGGGUGAACUGUUCGUAGAAUCCACAAUAAAUACAAGUAACAGGUUUACUGUUUGUUCACAAACCUAUGUGCCAAAUAUUUUAUCAUGGAGUGUUCAGGGUUUAACUGGAUUGUGUAUUUUAGAUCAUAAUCUAAUUGUAUCAAGCAGCUGCAUACAGGUUUUAGAGUGUCUGUUAAUGUAGUUAUAGCAAUCUGCUGAAAUUCUCUGAAUUGGGCCCUAACAUAGUAAUUAAAGCAAAAGCUCCCUCCCACUCCCAGUAACUAAAGUGCAUUUUAUAAAAUAAAGGCAUUACUACAACAAAAUCACACUUUAGUACUGACACUUUCAUGUCCAUCUUGAUUUCCUGGACUGGAUUUUUUCAGGUAGAGAUGAAAGAGGGUUUUAGAGACCCUUUUACUUUGCUGUCAGGAAGGGAAAAAAUAUGAAGUAGUUUUCCAUUAUUAACAUGUUUGAAACAUCACCAAAGUGCAGGCUAGCUCACAAGAAAAGUGAACAUAUUUACCUCCAUAGUUCUGUUAUAGUGGUUCUAUCAGAAGACAAAGUUGUUGGGAUUGUUUCUGGGGUGUGUUGGCUUGCUUUCAGGUUAAUUAGUCUAGAAAUACCCACUCCCACUGUUUUGAAAGUGUUAGGGUUAUGUUUCAUAUACCCUAGUGUAGUAAACUACACUGCCUGUUAAGCCCUAACCUGGCAGAGCAGAGCAAAAUUUUUUCUAAACUUCAUUCUGGAGUGUUUGUGAUAACUGUGUACCCAUCUGCUACAGCAGCCUAACAAAAAGCUGAUUAUCAAGACUGGAAAAAAACUUUGGCCCUGGGAAGAGGAAAGAGCAUACAUAUAAGGGCUUACAUUCCUGGUCACUGGAGUAGCCCCAUGUCUGGGGUGAAGUUUGCAGCAUCAGCUUUGACUGUAAAUAAUGAGCACCACCAGAUGGUUAAAACUUUUAUCAGAGUGUGCAAUACAUGGCAAUCACUAUGCUCAUUUGACUAAAGUAAUGGAACUCGUUGAAUUAGUGCCAGGUCUUGAACAUCAGAAAGCCACAUCACUAUAUCCUGCUAUGGUGCUGAUUUCCUGGUGGGAUCUGAAGACUCUCAAAUUGAGUCAGCAAAAUAAAUUCUAAUUUAUGUGCAUUAAAUGGACCUACGCAUACUCUUCUUCUUGAGACAGUUGUUGUAAUUGAGAUUAACUGUUACUUGCUUACAUUCCUGUAAGUAUGUUAAAAAGUUCUCCUGCCUGAUGGAUUGUAAAACUUACAUUAAUCCCCUGUAACCUCUUGUCUGUUUGCUGGGAUGGAUACCUAUAGUCAUUUUAAAUUCCAGAAUUUGCUUUAAUGUUAUUCAGGAACAGUUUAUAACAAAAUUGUUGAAUCUUUUUCUCAUGAAACAGCAAUUUGGGAAUUACAGCCAGCACCACAGUCUUCACGUUAGGUCUUGAUCCAGAAAACUGCAGUAGAGCGGAGACAAAAAGUGCGUAAGUCUGGAGAAGGGUAAAAUUUAAGUGUCUUGCAUUGGGCUCACAAAUUCCCACUUCUCUUCUUCAAAAGUGAAAGGAUCAGUUAAAAAAAAAAAACUUAAGCUAAAAUACAUAUGUCUGUCUCCUUUCACUGCUCUUCCUUCUGUGUUACUUGUGCUAUCUGAGCCAUUUCUAAAAACAAAAGCAGUGCUGACAAUGCACACAUGUGCAUUUUUAAGGCCAUGAGAGUUACUAUGAACAAAUCUAAAAGUAAUGGCUAGGGGCCAGAUCUCAGUGGUUGUCCUCUUCCCACCCUCUCUUAAUUUUAGUGCAGAGGGAGGGUGGGCAUUAAGAACCUCCCAGAAUGCAGCCUUAGCCAGUGUUUGUGUUUAUUUGCAAAGGCAACUUUGAAGGGGAUAUAUGCAAUAAAGUCACAGAUACUCUGCAGAAGCGCACUUCUGUAACAAGAGAUGAAAAUACGUAUGGCACAAGUGUCUGCAGAGAGCUGGAGAGCUCCCAACAUCCUCCUACACAGACUGAGGUGUCCUCUACACCAUCUGCCCCCAGAACAGGCAGUGUGUGGGGUCAGCAUUCUCUGCAGUGGUGAAAUGGGUAACGCUGGUCGCUUUUCUUCAUGCCGAAGCACAUUCAUCAGUGGAUUCAGUCACCUCGCUGUGUUAUUUUAAUGCACCAGUCUUGUUUACGCUGUCACGUAUAGCCUGACGCUUGGAUACAGUCAGUGAUGGAUUGUCUAGUAACCAAGUGUUUUUAUUUGGGGAUAAUAAGUCUAUAGUCAAGGUUACUGGUCACCAGAUGUUACUGUGCUGAUACAUGCAUCUAGGUAAGCAGAAGCAUGGGACACAGGGACAGACAUUCUAACAAGGAAAGUGCCUUGAUGGUGGAUCAGAUGGCUAGUGAAUGUAAACAUCAAGUCAAAUUUUGUAUGUACUUUAACUGUGGCUUAUUAAGCUACUGGUAAUUUGAGUGCCAUCUUUAAAGGGCUUGCAUAAUCCAGCCAGAGGUUAAAAUUGUAAAUUGCUGCAUAAGCUGUCUCUAUAUGGAAAUGUGUUUUAGUAUCAGUAUAUUACCUUCAUUCUUUUGCAAGUUGCAUGUUUAUUGUUAUAUAAACUCUGCUUUCUACAAUUUA